GGAGAGGGAGGAGUCACAUAACUGGAACAGCACUAACCCUGCCCAUAACAACUCCAACACCGCCCCCAAGAAGAGGUCGGGGCAGAUCAAAGGGCAGAGGUCAGACCAGGGUCAGGUUGGGUCCAUGGAGCCUGCAGUGUGUCAAGGCCCGGGGAACUGGAAACCAGGAGACCAGGUUUUAGCUCUCUACUGGGAAGACAACAAGUUCUACAGGUCCAGGAUAGAUGCUGUGCAUCCCUCUGGUUCCACGGCGGUCGUGACCUUUACUGAGUAUGGAAACUGUGAGGAGGUCCUUCUACACAACAUCAAACCUGUCAACAUGGACUUCUGGACUGAGUCCACAAAGGAUCCCAGAGGUCGACGCAUCUGACCCCAAAACUACAUCUCUCUUCUCUAUGGGUUGCAAAAUUACGGCAACUUUCCCAGGUUUUUCCCAGAAAUCCUGGUUGGGAGGAUUCCAGAUAUGCUUAUUAUUCCGGAAUCUUUCAACUGGGAUUUCUGGGAAAACCUGAUGACUUUGGGAAAGUUAGUGGAAUUUUGCAAGCCUUCUCUCUCUUCAC